AUGUCCUUAGCCGUUUCCUUAGCCCAGGCAGGCUGCCUGCCAGCUGGAUGCGUGCAGCGUAAGGGCGUGUCUCUGAUUGCCAGCCGCGAGCGAGGUCAACCUAAUGCCGCCAAGUUCAGGCCGUCCUCGGUUUACAAUAUCUCCAAUAGUCUCGCGAAGUCUACAGCCGUCAGACGACUAAGCGUCGCACAGCAAUGGCAAGGCCAAGCCAGGCAUCCCUCAGCAGGCGUCGCGCGUUCCCGGAGCACCUUGGGAGUCUCGAGGCUCCACUCCGCCGCUGCGAGAAGUGUUCCUUCUCACUGUUCCCCUCUAACCUCCACGCUUUCUCAAAAACAUGCCGGUUGCCGCUGCAGCAACAGCAGCAGACUAUCCUCCUCGUCCUCUGCCGCCCUUCAAUAUAAUCACCUCGGACACAGAACUCAUGUGCAGCAGCAGCAGCGGCAGCACGAUGCUGUCGCCUCGUCCGAAUUUCUCGGCCACACCUUGCGCACGCCCGUCGCGCGCUCGCUUCCCCGCGCCACUUCGCCCUCCGCCGGCUCCCGCGCCUCGUUCCCCCGCAGCUCUGAUGGACCCUCCGCAGCCGGCGCGCGGUUCUCCCGCCGCUGCCGCCUGGCCGUGUCGCCGCGGUCGCAGUCGCACGCGUCGCAGGGCCCCACGGAGCCGCAAGCCGCGCCGACCGCGUCGCCGCCGAUCCCGGCGGAUAUUCUGCCGGCCCUGGGGAACCUCGUGGAGAUCAUAGGGCGAAUGAAGGAGGAGGAGGGGAAGAAGGGGCAAUACCUAGGAGACGACGCCGGCGAGGAGGGGGAAGCGGGGGGAGCGGAGGUGGAGGCGGAGCGGAUGACGAUGUCGGAUGCGGAGCGCGCGGAGGUGGAAGCGCUUCUGAGCGAGCGGCUACCGAGCCACCCGAAGGUGCACCGUGGCAUGCUCGAUAACGGGCUGCGAUACGUCAUCCUGCCCAACAAACUGCCGCCCAACAGGUUCGAGGCUCAUCUGGAGAUGCACGUGGGGUCGGUGGACGAGAGGGAGGACGAGCAGGGACUGGCACAUCUGAUCGAGCACGUCACCUUCCUGGGGUCGCGCAAGAGAGAGAAGCUGCUGGGCACGGGCGCGCGCUCCAACGCCUACACCGACUUCCACCACACCGUCUUCCACGUGCACGCGCCCGUCACCGUGCAAGGCUCGCAGGAGCCUAUGCUGCCGAUGGUGCUGGCGGCGCUGCACGAGAUCGCGUUCGGACCCAAGUUCCUGCCGUCGCGCAUUGACAAGGAGAGGCGCGCCGUGCUGUCGGAGAUGCAGAUGAUGAACACCAUCGAGUACCGCGUUGACUGCCAGCUGCUGCACCACAUGCACUCGGAGAACCUGCUGAGCUGUCGCUUCCCGAUAGGGCAGGAGGAGCAGGUGAAGAAGUGGCCGGUGGAUCAGAUCCGCGCCUUUCACGACCGCUGGUACUUCCCGGCUAACGCCACGCUCUAUGUUGUCGGGGACCUGGCAUCGGUCUCGGACAUUAUUCGGCUCAUUGAGGAGCACUUUGGUCGCACCCCCCCAGGCAUGCACAUGCCGCCUCCCCCCAGCCCCACACCCACCAUCCCCUCCCACUCCCCCUCCGUCCACUCCUCCACUCUCCCCCCCUCCAUCUCACACCACCACUCCUCCGCGCCCUCUCUCACCCCCGCCUCCGCCUCCUCCGCGCCCAGCCUCACUCCCCCCAUGCACCCCGCCACUUCCCCCACCAUGCCCGCCGCCCCCCCCAGCUCCGCGCUCUCCGCCCUGCACCCCCAUUCCGCCGAGUCCCCCUCCCCCUCCGCCUCCCCCGCGACCAUCCCCGGGCCUGUGCGCAAGGAGAGGCAUGCUAUGCGCCCGCCUGUACGCCACACGUGGGCGAGAGAACACCUGGAGGGGGGGGACGCGGGGGGGAGUGCGGGGGAAGGCGCGGAGGUAGGGGGAAGGCCGGGGGGAGAGGGUUUUUUGCCCCCGGCGGUGGUGCCGUCAGCAGCUGCGGUGCAGCAGCAGGCAGCAGCAAGGGAGGGGGUGGUGAUGCCGGUGAUCUUUCAGCACGAGCUGCUGCAGAACUUCUCCCUCACCGUGUUCUGUAAGAACCCAGUGAAGCAGGUGCAGACGCUGGGCGACCUGCGCCGCGCGGUCAUGCAGCGCAUCGUGCUCAACGCGCUGCAGUUCCGCAUCAACAACCGCUACAAGGUGAGGCGGCAGCUAGUGGUACAAGAUGAGCCAGCAUGGGCCGCAAGAACGGCACAGUGCCCUUCCUGGGAGUGGACCUGGAUCACAGCGACAGUGCCAGGGAGGGGUGCACCGUCACCACACUCACUCUCUCCACCCCAUCCUCCCGUCUCCGUGCCCCCCCUCUCCUCACCCUCAGAACGGCACAGUGCCCUUCCUGGGAGUGGACCUGGAUCACAGCGACAGUGCCAGGGAGGGGUGCACCGUCACCACACUCACUCUCUCCACCCCGUCCUCCCGUCUCCGUGCCCCCCCUCUCCUCACCCUCAGAACGGCACAGUGCCCUUCCUGGGAGUGGACCUGGAUCACAGCGACAGUGCCAGGGAGGGGUGCACCGUCACCACACUCACUCUCUCCACCCCGUCCUCCCGUCUCCGUGCCCCCCCUCUCCUCACCCUCAGAACGGCACAGUGCCCUUCCUGGGAGUGGACCUGGAUCACAGCGACAGUGCCAGGGAGGGGUGCACCGUCACCACACUCACUCUCUCCACCCCGUCCUCCCGUCUCCGUGCCCCCCCUCUCCUCACCCUCAGAACGGCACAGUGCCCUUCCUGGGAGUGGACCUGGAUCACAGCGACAGUGCCAGGGAGGGGUGCACCGUCACCACACUCACUCUCUCCACCCCGUCCUCCCGUCUCCGUGCCCCCCCUCUCCUCACCCUCAGAACGGCACAGUGCCCUUCCUGGGAGUGGACCUGGAUCACAGCGACAGUGCCAGGGAGGGGUGCACCGUCACCACGCUCACAGUCACAGCCGAGCCCACCGACUGGCAGUCCGCGCUCACCGUCGCCCUCCAGGAGGUGCGGCGCCUGCAGCAGUUCGGCCUCACGCGCGGCGAGCUCGCCCGCUACGUCACCACCAUGCUGCGCGACUCCGAGCACAACGCCGCCAUGACCGACGCGAUCCACUCCAUCGACUCUCUCGAUUUUCUGAUGGAGAGUUUCGCGCUGGGGCACGCGGUGCUGGAUCCAGAGCAGAGCUUUGAGUGCCUGUCGGCCAUCGCGCCGAUGAUCGAGCUGGAGGAUGUGAAUGCGGCGGCGGCGGAGGUGCUGGAGUUCGUGGCGGAGUAUGGGAAGGGGGACGCGCCGCGACCGGCCGCGAUUGUGGUGUGCGUGCCGACGAGGAUGCACGUGCAGUGGGGCGAGGGGGGGAAGGAGGGCGGGAAGGAGGGUGGGAAGGAGGCGGGAGAAGGGAGGAGCGGGAGCGGGAGCGGGAGUGGGAGUGGGAGUGGGAAUGGGAGUGGGAGUGGGAAUGGGGCGAUGGUGCAGAGCUCUUCCUCUGCAGCUGCAGUUGCGGGGGCGGGGGCGGCGAGUGACGUGGUGUUUGAGGUGACUCCCGAGGCGGUGAGGGAUGCGCUGCUGGCGGGGCUCAGGGAGGACGUGCAGCCCGAGGACGAGGUGGAGGUCCCCCGCACGCUCAUUUCCGAUGCUGAGCUGGCAGAGUUGCAGCAGAAGAUCCGGCCGCGGUUCGUGCCGUUCCCGCCCACCGAGGGCAACGCUUCUGACGUGGCGCCGUCUGAGUGGCGCGUGCGACAGUACAACAAGGAGACGGGCAUCAUCCAGCGCCGCCUCAGCAACGGGAUCCGUGUCAACAUGAAGGUGACGGACAACGAGGCGAAGGGCGGGGUGCUGCGGCUGGUGUUCCCAGGCGGGCGGGCCAAGGAGGAUCCGCAGGGGGCAGGCGAGGUGGCGGUUGGCGUGAGGACACUCAGUGAGGCGGGGCGGGUGGGGGAGUACAGUCGGGAGCAGGUGGAGCUGUUCUGCCUGGCGAAUCUGGUGAACUGCAUGCUGGAGGCGGACGAGGAGUGCGUGGCGCUGGACCUGCACUUCGCCACGCGCUACGGCGGCCUUAAAGCCUCCUUCCAGCUCCUGCACAUGCUGCUGCAGCAUCCGGCAUGGGACGAGGAUGCUCUAGAGAGGGCCAAGCAGGCAUACCUCUCCUUCUACAGGUCCCUGCCUAAAAGCUUGGAGCGGCUGACAGCGAGCAAGCUGAUGGGAGCCAUGUUCGAUGGGGACACACGGCUGCUGGACCCGCACCCGGCCAUUGUGUCCAACCUCACUCUUGACACCGUGCGCCAUGCCGUCAUGCAGCAGCUGCUGUCCGGGAACAUUGAGCGAUUUCAGCGAGGAGUGGGCGAUUUCAGCGAGGAGGAGAUGACGGACCACAUUCUCAAGUACCUCGGCACCGUCACCGCCCUCCCUCCCCCGGCCCACGUCGUCUCGCCCUUCGCUGCACUCCCCCCCAACCCCGCCUCCACGCCCCCGCCCCCCUCCACCACGGUGCUGCCCCCGCUGCACCCGCCCCCCGUGCUCGCCCUGCCUGGGGAGCCACCUUUCAAGAUGGUCACUUCCUGCCCACCUGCCCUGCGCCAUCAGAAGGUGCGUUGUUUGGAACACGAUGGCAUGGGUAGGCAGGGCACAAGAGGUAUGCUCCGUGCCGCCCCUCUCCACCACCGUGCCUCCCCCCUCCACCACCGUGCUGCCCCCGCUCCACCCGCCUCCUGUGCUCGCCCUCCCUGGGGAACCGCCCUUCAAGAUGGUCACUUCCUGCCCGCCUGCCCUGCGUCACCAGAAGGUACGCGUCUCAUUGGCGUGGGGGACCAGAAGGUAAGCCGCCGUGCUGCCUCCGCUGCACCCACCGCCCCCAUUGCUGGCCCUCCCUGGCAAGCCGCCCUUCAAGGUGGUCUCCCCCUGCCCGCCUGCCCUGCACGACGAGAAGACGCCUCAUCAUGCUCGAUCUCCAAGAUGCCUCCUCCCUUUGCCUUCUCUCCUCCCCCCAUCUCCUCGCCCUCCUUUGCCCAACCCCUCUCCCUCCUCUCCAGCCCAAAUGGAAGAGCACCGGGAGGAGCGGGAGCAGCGGGAGGAGGUGGGAGGGGCGAGGGCAGCCUUUUAGGAGACCCUGAUGCACAGGCGGUGGCGGUGGCACCGUUGGGAACAGCAGUGGUGGAGGGCGUGGAUGGGCGCAAGUACUGGCACCGGCGCCGCCACCCGCUGUACACGUCUGUGGGCGUGCUGCUGCUGCAGGAGAUUGUCAACGCACGCCUGUUCACGAGAGUGCGGGACGCCCUGGGGCUGACAUAUGACGUCAACUUUGAGAUAUCGCUGUUUGACCGCCUCGCCACCGGCUGGUUCUGCAUCAGCGUCACCUCCACACCCGCCAAGAUCCAGCAGGCCGUGGAAGCUUCCCUGAACGUUCUCAGGGGGCUGCAGGCGAACCGCAUCACACAGAGGGAGCUGGACCGGGCCAAGCGUACACUCAUCAUGCGGCACGAGUCCGAUCUCAAAGACAAUGCGUACUGGCUGGGCAUGCUCACACACCUGCAGUGCGACUACGUGCCGCGCAAGACCGUCUCGUGCAUCGCCGACCUGCCGUGCAUCUACGAGAUCACCACGGUGGACGAUGUGUACACGGUGUACAACCACAUCCCGCUGGACGACAGCAGCGUCUUCACGUGCAUUGGCGUGGCCGGGGCCGUUGGGUCCGAUGUGGACUCGGCAGGGAGUGAGAGCGAUGCGAGCGACGCAGAGCCGGUAUCACCAGCAGGCACAAUGAGCGGCGGCCGGGGCGCCUCCCUUAUGACGCGGCCCACAGCAUGA